AUGAAGAUCAAUAUUCACGUUGAUCUAAUUGGCCCGUGUCCGCGACUGCUUGUUUCUGAAAAGCUGAUUGUAAUUAAGACGGGUCUCCCAGGCCUCCUAACGCCCUACCAGGCAAGCAUUCUCCUCCCCUCUCCAAAUGUGGAAAAUGAAUACGUGACAAUCCCUCUUACUGAGCAGCUAGUCGAUUUCGAAGACAAGUUCUAUCUGCAGCUAGAGCGCCAUGUGAAGAAAUCGCACUUGGAAAUUGCCGCCAGUUAUGGCCAAAAAGUGGAUAUUCCCGCGGCGCUAGAAAUACUGACCGAGGUGAAACCCUCCGAUCGCCGUUGGAGAGUCAACUUUCUCGAUCAUGGAUCGCUGUUGAAAAAUACUAACGACGGCAGUAAAUGCUCUCGCUUGCCGGAGAUCAAAGGGCUCGACGCAGUGAAAGACAAGUGUCACCGUUAUUUAUGGGAAUGCGGUUAUUAUCUCACCAGUGGCAUGAAGUACGGCUGCGAUUGGCUUGCGUACGAGCAUCCGCCAGAUCUCGUCCACGCCGAGUUCAUCGUAUCCGUCCUCGACGUCGACAAUAAGCUGCGCUCCUCUGAGAAGGGUUGGACGAGCUUGAAAGGGAUUAAGAAAAAUUUAUGA